UUUCCCUUUCGCUUCCACUCGCAAUCGACAGAAACCCUAACUCAAAUUGCAAAGCAGGAGACAUAUCUAUAUCUAUAUCUAUAUAAUUAUAAUUAUUAAUAUAUAUAAAUAUAUCCACCAUAUAUAAUAAUAAAAUUAAAAAUAAUCAAAUAGUUAAGAAAUAAAGAAUGCAACAUCAUCAAAGGGUGAAACAACAACAACAACAACAACAAGCAUUGAUGCAACAGGCUCUCCUCCAACAACAAUCUCUUUAUCAUCCUGGCCUUUUACCUCCACCCCAGAUUGAACCUAUAUUAAGUGGAAAUCUGCCUCCUGGGUUUGAUCCAAAUACAUGCCGCAGCGUGUAUGUGGGCAAUGUUCAUACACAAGUGACCGAACCACUUCUUCAAGAGGUUUUUGCAAGUACUGGUCCUGUUGAAGGAUGCAAACUCAUAAGAAAGGAUAAGUCAUCUUAUGGAUUCAUUCACUACUUCGAUCGUAGAUCAGCCGCACUUGCUAUUUUGUCACUAAAUGGAAGGCAUUUGUUUGGACAACCUAUCAAAGUUAAUUGGGCAUAUGCCAGUGGGCAGAGGGAGGAUACCUCAGGUCACUUUAACAUAUUUGUUGGUGACCUUAGCCCUGAGGUUACAGAUGCAAUGCUCUUUACAUGCUUCUCUGCCUAUGCUAGUUGCUCGGAUGCGAGGGUUAUGUGGGAUCAAAAAACGGGGCGCUCACGUGGUUUCGGUUUCGUUUCUUUCCGAGACCAACAGGAUGCUCAAAGUGCUAUAAAUGAUUUAACUGGGAAGUGGCUUGGCAGCAGGCAGAUACGCUGCAACUGGGCCACAAAAGGUGCUGGUACGAGUGAUGAAACACAGGGUUCAGAUUCUAAAAACGUAGUGGAGCUAACUAAUGCAUCUUCAGAGGAUAGUAAAGAGGUAGCUAACAAUGAUGCACCUGAGAAUAACCCACAGUAUACGACCGUCUUUGUUGGUAACCUCGCUCCAGAAGUUACCCAGCUUGAGCUUCAUCGUCACUUUUAUUCGUUUGGUGCCGGUGUAAUCGAGGAAGUCAGGUUGCAACGUGAUAAAGGGUUUGGUUUUGUGAGGUACAAUAAUCAUGCCGAAGCGGCUCUUGCCAUUCAAAUGGGCAACAACCAGUCAGUUCUUUAUGGUAAACAAAUUAAGUGCUCAUGGGGUAGUAAGCCCACUCCUCCCGGAACAAGCUCAAAUCCAUUACCUGAACCCGCACCUGCACCAAUGUUGUCCGCUGCUGAUUUGUUGGCAUAUGAACGCCAACUAGCAAUGAGUAAGAUGGCAGGGGUCCAUGCUCUAAUGCACCCUCAAUCCCAGCAUCCUCUUAAACAAGCAACAAUGGGAAUGGGUGCUGCUGGAGCCAGCCAAGCCAUAUAUGAUGGUGGUUAUCAGAGCAUCGGUGCCGCCCAACAACUCAUGUACUAUCAGUGAGCGCUAACCUUUGAAAUGUGCCUAUGCAGAUUUCUUUGUGAGUUCUUUUGAUUUUUCUAGGAGGCUUUUGCAUUGUUUUUCUUUUGUUUUACAUUUUUAUUUUUCCAUCUUAGUGUGCAAUUGUUGUCCCACAUUUAUAGCUUGCUAGGAUGUUGACACAUAAAUUGUAAUGCUUUAUGCCACCAGUCUAACCAGUUAUAGUUGUACUUAUUAUUGGAUGAGUGGUAUGUGAAAGAUAAUGGUUAUAUAUUUGCAUGAAAA